UUAAUGCAAACUUAUGUGGCUGAAAUAAGUGAAAUAUUACGUGCAGAAAAGCGUGACGACGAGCAUUUAGCAAGGUUGGAGGCUAAUUUUUCAAAACUUCUCAAGGACUUAGUUGGUGUGCACUCUUGGAUUCGUUUCUACAGAUAUAUACCAGUUUUUGUCAAAACUCUUUAUUACGCUUGUACCACGUUAUCGGGUGUUCAAACGUUAGGUGAAGAAUAUUUAGCGUUAUUACAAGUGAGCAGUAGUGGUGGUAAAGUUGCCGUAUCGUCACUGUACAAACGUUUCGUUUUUGUGUUCUUGAACAUUUUUGCACCGAUUCUGUUGGAAAUCUUAUUGCGAAAACUAGAUCAACAUAUCAAUCAAAUUGAUACAAACAAAUUCUUUGGUGUUCCGUUGAGAGGUAAUCAGAAAGCGCGUCAAACAUUCACGAAAAUCUUCGACUGGAUCAGGUUGAAAGGAAUACCGUCAGCGUAUCGAUUGCACAUAGCCAUCUUUUAUCUCUACGGCUCCUAUUAUAGUCUGUCGAAGCGUUUUUCUGGUAUCAGCUAUUUGAGUCUUCGACCGCAAACCAAUCUCCAGGCAUCGCGUUUACUCAAGUUCAUCGCAUAUUUAACCGUUCUUCAAUUUUCAAUCGCUGUUGUUAGUUGGAUUUAUGAGAAUUUCUUCUGUCAAUUACUCGAACAUGACAAACGUGUCGACAUUGACAGCGAAAACGAUUCCGAACUAAUUGAAUUGGGUGAAUCUGAACAGAGCACUUCUGAGUUGACUCGAUUCAGCUGUGGAAUCUGUCAGUCGACACACUACCCGUCUUGUUUACCGUGCGGGCAUUUGUAUUGUUGGUACUGUAUCAUUCAACAUGCACACGAGUGUAGUUUAAUUCAAGAACGACAACCGUAUUGUCCUCAUUGUAGAAGUUCAUUUGAGGCCAGCCGAGUGGUACCAUUGCUGAAUUUCUAG